AUUUCCCCAUGGACAGAAUCAAAGUCCUUGGGUGUACAUACACAGAUGUAAAAUUGUUUUGUGUGAACGCAUUCAAUGAUGCAGGUCACGUGUGCAUCUAACACAGUUAUAUGUAUGCACACAUAUAUAUACAUACAUACAUAAUCGUGUCACGCGUCAAGUCGUAAAGGUUCUUUCCAUAGAAUUUUGUUUUGGUCGUUCUUCAUUCAUAUCAUCGAAGGACAAUUGAGUAUCGUGUGACGUACUUGGUAUGGUUUUCGUACCAAAUUUUUCGCUAUAAAACGCUAUAUCUUUUCAAUAUGCUAAAGCAUAAAUUACCAAAUGAUUGGAUAACUGUCAACUCUAAAACUCAUCCAGAUAGAAUAUAUUACUUCAAUGUAAAAACAAAUCAAUCUUCGUGGAAAGAACCGACGUUGGACGAGACUGAUAAAAUUUCUUCAGUUAAACGCACAAUUCACGAAAAAGGAAAACAUCGCGAUGUAGUGACAGCCAAGCAUAAUAUUGAGGAACAAGACACCUGUCAACAAGGUUCACAUAAUAAAAUUAUGGACAUCUCAAAAAUGAAAGCUGUUGGUACAAAAGCGUUGCAGAGAUUAGGUUCUGGGAAUAAAUCUUCGAUAUCAGAAGCUCCAUAUACGAGACCAGUAGGAAAUAUAAAUAAGAUUUCUUCUCCAAGAGUCUCUGCCUUAAAGAAUAACAAGAAUGAUAAAUCAAUUACACCUCGGAAUAAAAGUAGUAAAGUAACGUUCACACCACAAAUGAGUGUCCAUCGUGAUAAACGAGAGCAGAGAAAUUCAAUAUCUAGUAAAACUAAAACGCUAAAGGAAGAUUCUAAAAAUAAGCAGCAAGAUUUGAAUAUGUCAAAUCAGAAGCCAAAACAAAAGAAAAAUCAAAAUGUUUCAAGAGAAAAACAAGGAAAAUCGUUUAAAAAAAACUUGGCAAAAGAACGUAUGGAAAAAUUAAGGAAAAAUUUAAGUAUUGAUAAAGAAAAAUUUAAGGAAAUGUGUCAGACCAAUUUAGUUAACAAGAAAGUUCCACAAAAGUCCAACAGAUUACCAGUUUCCAGUAGCUUAGGAUCGACAUGUGUUUAUAAAAAUGCUGAUGUACGACUUAAGAAAUUACAUAACAGAAUCAUAAAAGAUGUAAUAUAUGAAAAAAAUAUUACAUUAAAUAAUGAUAAAUCACAAAGUCAACCUAGUAAUGAACCAGUUAUCGAAAUUAUGACAGAUGAUAAAUUAAUAGAAAAGGCUAAGCAAGAAGUUUUGUACGAAGAAAUGGAUUGGGAACCAAUGAAAGAUGAAGAAAUUGCACUAGAGGUGGAAGUUGUCAGAACACAAAUUGAUAGAGAAAAUUAUAUGGCUAAAACAAACUGUAUAUCAGAAAAUAUUGCAGAAUUGACACAACUUAAUGAAAUGAAGUCGCAUGAAAAAGGUCCACUUUACAUUGUUGUCGAUACAAAUGUAUUUCUAUCAAAUCUCGAGAUUAUUGAAGAAGCAAAAGAUGCGACAUUUAAAAAUUAUCCACGUCCAUUUAUCGUAAUUCCUUGGACAGUAAUAUGCGAAUUAGAUUAUUUUAAAGACAACAAAUCGAAAUAUGAAUUAUCGAUUAAAGCUAGAAAAGCGAUUUCUUUCAUCCAUAAUCAAUUUUCUUCUAAACACCCACGUGUAAUAGGACAAACACGAGAUCAGGCAAAGAAAAACAAAGAAGAUUUUUCUAUUGAUUGUCCAGAUGAUGAGAUUCUCCAAUGUUGUUUACAGAUUCAUCAAUUACAAAAAUCAGUAAUCUUGUUAUCUUAUGACAAAAAUCUAUGCACUAAAGCGAUGAUAUAUAAUAUACGGAUAUUGGGACGUAACGAUCCUCUUGAAAAUAUAGAUGAUUUAAAUACGAAUAGUUAUAGGGUAAUCAACCAUUUGAAUGAAGUUUCUGUUGAAAAUUCUGUUUUCAACGAAGAAUUACAUUUCUCGGAUGAUUUUUUUGAGAAUAUAAAGUUGAUUUUAACCAACUUUUUAUCAACGAUCAUCACGAAACAAAUGUCAGAGAUUUAUGGGGAAACGGAAUGGAAGAUAUAUGUUAUUAUAAAGCCACCAUGGACUGCUGUAACUGCAUUAAAGUGUGCUGUAAAACAUUGGAUUGCCGCUAUUAACGAAUCGUUCCAAAGAUGUGCUGAACGUAUUUUAAAAGAAUUACUUGACGCUUUUGUACAUGUACCAGUUGGUGGCAGAAAAUUACGAGAUGUAGAAUAUAUUUUAGAAAAAAGCAGCGAUUUAGUACAAGCGGUCAAUAUGGAUAAACAUUAUGAUCUCAUGACAGAAACCUUCAAUGCUAUUACAGAACUCAAACAAAAAUGUACGAAAUGUAUCACUAAUAUAGACAAGAAAAAAUUACAUGAAAAAAUAGGCAUUGCUAAAAACAUUCAAGAACAAGAAAUGAGAGCAGAGAAAGUAUUUCAGUGCUUUCAUCAGAUCUAUGAUUAUGCGCGUAACAUUUGUGGUUUAGCAUGUAACAGUGCGGGAAUGGCAUAUUCUUUUACCUUCAAAUCUGUAAAUCUACCUACAUCACCAACAUAUUUACAAGGUUUGAAAUCAGAAAUUACCAGAAAAGUGACUGAUUUAACACAGAAUCUAAAUAAGUUACUCAUGCAAGAUGACAAUUCUAUAAAACAUCAGAUGUUACUUAAUUUACAGCAAAAUUUAAAUACAUUUUUGCCUGAUUCAGAGAGAGUAACAUUUGAUGUAACAGCUUUGGAUGUAUAUUAUUGUGUCAAAUUAAAAGAAGAAUCAUUAAAGACUGGAUUGAGACAACUACAAGAAUUAACUUCGAAUUUCUCCGCGCUAGCUACUCAUACAUAAUUAUUCGGAAAACCUUCGGCAGGUGGUUGAAGCCAAUUUUCCUUCGAGUAAGAUACAUGUUUCGACUCAAUCACGUGAAAAGUGUAAGCGUGUCUCGAUGUUUUACUCUUGUUUGGAUAAGAAAAGUGGACUACUUGGCCGUGGAUAAGAAUGCAAGUUCCUUUGCGUACUGGCACCGAUCUAAAAUUACUUAAUGGAUAGCAAGGCGCCGCUCUGUCGAAGAUUAAUAACUCUUGAGAAUUUGGAUCUUUAUUUCUCAUAUAACGCCUAUGCACUCCGCUCUGAUGAGAACCUGGAGCAAUCCAUAAGCAUCCGUUGUCUAGCGUUGCAUCUUCUAGUGCGAUCCAGAAACCAACCAGUUUCACCGGCUCGACAUGUAAAUAUGAUACAUCCUGAUUCAUUGUAACUGUAAGAAAAUAACAAUGUGUUCGGGCAUAAUGCAGUAGUUGUGUUCUAUAUGCGUACUUGUUAUAUCAUAUAAACUUUUAUGUAUAAUGAGUUAUAUUUAUGUAACUUCAGAGUUAUAACUCAAGAGUCAUAACCCAAAAAUUAUUUAAGUACCUUCCGAGCCUAUUCCAGGAUUUUUGUAAAUGUACAUUGACUGACAUACCACUGGUUCCUCGUACUUUAAUUGGAAAGCAAUUUCUUUGACUCUUUCGUCAAACGUGUAUUUUUUGAAAGUAGAGUGUAACCAAUGAAGAGCAUGGCCUACCUGAAAAUUAUAGAAUUGUUAUAAAAUAAUUGAAAUUAUUUCAAAAUGUAUGUUUGCAGGAAUUAAUUUAAUUUAAAAAAACGGCUUUUUUUAAA